AAAUAGAAAGUAGAGAAGAAUUCACGUGGUUUGUAUAUGGAUUGAAAAACCAACAUGUCCUGAGUUGGAGAAACUAGGUAUUGUCACCAAAGCGUCGGGGGUGUUCCUGGCUUGUAUCGCAGAGCAGGUUUCUAAGAAUGUGAUCCGGUUUCGCCGCAACAUUGUGUCGGAUUUGAUAAACGGAUGGACGAAAAUCGCUAUAUUCUUGAGAUUACUACUGGUUAUCGAGAGGUCGCUCAACAACAUCACGAAUGAGUUUGACGCUGGCACUAACUAUAGGCACUGAUCUGUCAAGGCUAAUUGAAGAAAGCAAAGAAGAAUGUCUGUAAGCACAGGAGAAUGGCAGACCGUGCAGAAGAAAAAGCGGGCAAAGCUGCGAAGUCCCAGGCCUCCACCAUGUCAGAGCAUCUGCCUGCAAGAGGGAGCCAUUAAUGUCCUGAAAGUUCAAAGGAAAAUUAUGGAGACCAUGGAUGAACUGAGGAUGGACCCAUUUUGGGGAGCUUUUAAAGGGUUGACCCUUUCCUGCUUAUCCAAAUCCUUUGCUUCAACAACCCACCCUUGCCCCGUUUCAUCUGACAUCCUGGGUUCAACAUUAACCUCUGGAGGAGGAAAAGAAGCAUCAGGACUUUUGGACCACAAGGGAACAGCUGAUGAUAGGAAGAUGGGAGAAAAAAAUGGUGCAUCAGGUUUAUUUGCUGUAAUCCGCAGUCUAGAGUUGGACUGUGUGUGUUAUGGACUUGGCAGCUUCUCCAGCUCUCACUCGUCUCUCUACCAGCUAGCUUUGCUUUUGCUGAUACUGGACCUUCUGCAGAUCCCUACACAGCGAUGCUUCAUAUAUGAUCCCAUGUUUUCACCCGAGGACAUCAGCAUUCUAGAGGGCUACAGAAUGAAUGUUUUGCCAGAAAAUGAGGAAGGGAAGCGUUUGGCAACAAGGCCAACUCUUUUUUAUUUAAUGCACUGUGGAAAGGCACUCUACAACAACCUUCUAUGGAGAAACUGGAGUGCCAGUAGCCUCUCCAAUUUGGCUGUCAUUGGAAACAGUUUCCAAGGCAUUAAGGAGAGGCUGCCAUCAAGAAUUCUGAUGAGGGACUACAAGUGCAUCUUUGAUAUUCUCUCAGUUGUAGAUGAAGCCCUAGUCCCUGUGACUCCUCGAUACCAGGAUGUCUUUAAUGACACUGCCUUCCAUUGGUUCCCACUGGAGAGGCUUCAGUCUCUGCCACAAGACCUCUGGGAUUCUCAACUGCAGCCAAACUAUGAGGAUGAGACGGACCUUGAGAUAAUACUUGCAGGGAGAUGAGAUAACUCAUCCAUUUCUAUACAGGUACAUCAAAAAAGUGUGUGUCUGAGAGUUUUGUCUCAGUGUGAGGAUGAAGGUACAGAAAUUUGCUCCUUCCAUGGUGAAAUAAAAUUAGCAAAUGUUUCAGAUAGAGAACACGUGGACCCCCUCACAGAUUAUAGAAAUGUGGAAAGCAGACCAAAGGUUUAACACCAUGUGAGCCAGAAUAAUGUCUGGCAAGUCAUAUGACCCAACUCUAACACUCUCCUUUUUAUUUUUCAGAGUAAUUAUAAUACAAAAGCUAUCAUAAAGUGUAAAGAUGUAAUUUUUGCAAAACUCUUUUUGAAUAAAAAAAAAAUACCA